AUGUCGUCGACACAAGUCCAAGCCAGUGUUUUGCACGGCGCAAAAGACCUCCGCAUUGAAUCCCGCGACCUGCCUGCCCCCUCAGCCAACGAAAUCCAAGUGGCAAUCCACAGCACCGGCCUCUGCGGCAGCGACCUGCACUACUACACCCACAACCGCAACGGCGACAUCCUCGUCCGCGAGCCUUUAACCCUCGGCCACGAAUCCUCCGGCAUCGUCACCGCCCUCGGCUCCUCCAUCUCCAACUUCUCCAUCGGCGACCGCGUCGCCCUCGAAGUCGGCGUCCCCUGCGAUUCCUGCCACCGCUGCGAUCAAGGCCGCUACAAUAUCUGCAAGGACAUGAAGUUUAGGUCUUCUGCAAAAAGUUUCCCCCAUUUCCAGGGCACAUUGCAAGAGAGGAUCAAUCAUCCUGCUAAGUGGUGUCAUAAGUUGCCUGAUUCUAUGAGUUUUGAGUUGGGUGCGUUGCUGGAGCCGCUGGGUGUGGCUAUUCACGCUUAUCGCCGCAGCAACAUGCAAGAAGGCCAAACUGCUUUGGUGCUAGGAGCAGGUGCAGUGGGACUCUUAGCUGCGGCGGUUGCAAAGGCAAAGGGAGCCAAAACAGUCAUCAUUGCUGACAUCGAUGCCGGAAGAGUGGACUUUGCAGUCAAGAACGGGUUUGCACACAAGGGUUAUUUGGUACCGAUGAAGAGAGGAAAAGAUAUAGAGGAAAACCUUGCUAUUGCGAGGGAGACGGCCGAUGGCAUUGCUGCUGUUGCGGAUGACAGUGGUGCAAAGAUUGGAGAGGUGGAUGUCGUGUUUGAGUGUACCGGUGUGCCUACUUGUGUGCAGGCUGCCAUUUACUCCACCAAACCCGGCGGCCGCGUCCUCCUGAUCGGCAUGGGCGUCCCCAUCCAAACCCUCGCCAUCUCCUCGGCCGCUCUCCGCGAAGUCGACCUCGUCGGAGUCUUCCGCUACGCAAACACAUACCCUGAAGGCAUUUCUCUUGCUUCCUCUCCUUCAUGUCCCGAUUUGAGUAAACUUGUCACGCACACGUUCAAAGGACUCGACAGCGCGGACAAGGCGUUUGGGAUGGCGGGAAAGACCAAAGAUGAAGAGGGGAAGCUGGUGUUGAAGGUUGUUAUUCAGAAUUGA